UCUGGACCUCGCUGCCGCGCCGACCCCCACUGGCCUGACUUCCUGCUGGUUGCCCUGAGGAGCCCACUGUCCCUCGCUCAAGGAGACCGCCUCCCUGCUCUUUGCCUCAUAAUGAGUCAGCUGAGGCUGCUGCCAUCCCGGCUUGGGGCACAGGCCUCGAGGCUCCUGGCCACGCAUGGCGUCCAAAGGUUCAGCUGGUACAGCAGGUCGUCUGGGCCACCGGCCACCUUCCCAAACAGCAAAGUUGGAGGCGGCUCCAGUUACAUGGAGGAGAUGUACUUCGCCUGGUUGGAAAACCCCCAGAGUGUCCACAAGUCCUGGGACAGCUUCUUCCAGAAAGCCAGUGAGGAAGCCUCUUAUGGCCCGGCUCAGCCCCGGCCCCUUUCUGUUGUCCCUGAGAGCAGGCCGGCAGUGUUGAGCCGGACCAAGACCAGUAAGCUGGUGGAGGACCACCUGGCUGUGCAGUCCCUGAUCCGGGCCUACCAGAUCCGUGGCCACCAUGUGGCCCAACUGGACCCCCUGGGCAUUCUGGAUGCAGACCUGGACUCCUUUGUGCCCUCAGACUUAAUCACCACCAUUGAUAAAUUGGCCUUCUACGACCUGCGGGAGGCUGACCUGGAUAAGGAGUUCCAGCUGCCGACAACUACCUUUAUUGGAGGCUCUGAAAACACCCUUUCUCUGCGGGAGAUCAUUCGGCGCCUGGAGAACACAUACUGCCAGCACAUCGGUCUGGAGUUCAUGUUCAUCAAUGACGUGGAGCAGUGUCAGUGGAUCCGGCAGAAGUUCGAGACGCCUGGCGUGAUGCAGUUCUCCAGCGAGGAGAAGCGGACCCUGCUGGCCCGGCUGGUGCGCUCUAUGAGGUUUGAAGACUUCCUGGCCCGGAAGUGGUCCUCGGAGAAGCGGUUUGGCCUGGAGGGCUGUGAGGUCAUGAUUCCUGCCCUCAAGACCAUCAUCGACAAAUCCAGCGAGAUGGGGAUCGAGAAUGUCAUCCUGGGGAUGCCACACAGGGGCAGGCUGAAUGUGCUGGCCAACGUCAUCCGCAAGGACCUGGAGCAGAUCUUCUGCCAGUUUGACCCCAAGCUGGAGGCGGCGGAUGAGGGCUCUGGAGAUGUCAAAUAUCACCUCGGCAUGUACCACGAGAGGAUCAACCGAGUCACAAACAGGAACAUCACUCUGUCGCUCGUGGCCAACCCCUCCCACCUGGAAGCUGUGGACCCCGUGGUGCAGGGGAAGACGAAGGCAGAGCAGUUCUACCGCGGGGAUGCUCAGGGCAAGAAGGUCAUGUCCGUCCUGGUCCAUGGGGACGCCGCCUUCGCUGGCCAGGGUGUGGUCUAUGAGACCUUCCACCUGAGUGACCUGCCCUCUUACACCACCAACGGUACCGUGCACGUCGUCGUCAACAACCAGAUCGGCUUCACCACGGACCCCAGGAUGGCCCGCUCCUCACCAUACCCCACCGACGUGGCCCGUGUGGUCAACGCGCCCAUCUUCCAUGUGAAUGCAGACGACCCAGAGGCCGUGAUAUAUGUGUGCAGUGUGGCGGCCGAGUGGAGGAACACCUUCAAUAAAGACGUCGUGGUGGACCUGGUCUGUUACCGCCGGCGUGGCCAUAAUGAGAUGGACGAGCCCAUGUUCACGCAGCCGCUCAUGUACAAGCAGAUCCACAGGCAGGUGCCUGUGCUGAAGAAGUAUGCAGACAAGCUCAUCGCCGAGGGCGCAGUGACCCUGCAGGAAUUCGAGGAAGAAAUCGCCAAAUAUGACCGGAUCUGUGAGGAGGCGUUUGGCAGGUCCAAGGAUAAAAAGAUCCUGCAUAUAAAGCACUGGCUGGACUCCCCGUGGCCUGGCUUCUUCACUGUGGACGGGGAGCCCAAGAGCAUGACAUGCCCAGCCACGGGUAUUCCAGAGGACAUGCUGACCCACAUUGGUGAAGUGGCCAGCUCUGUGCCCCUGGAGGACUUUCAGAUCCACACGGGCCUCUCUCGCAUCCUGCGGGGCCGUGCGGACAUGACCAGGAAGAGGACAGUGGACUGGGCGCUGGCAGAGUACAUGGCCUUUGGCUCCCUGCUCAAGGAAGGCAUCCAUGUGCGGCUCAGUGGGCAGGACGUGGAGAGGGGCACAUUCAGUCACCGGCACCACGUUCUCCAUGACCAGGAAGUUGACCGGAGGACGUGCGUCCCCAUGAACCACCUCUGGCCUGACCAGGCCCCCUACACUGUGUGCAACAGCUCCCUCUCGGAGUACGGAGUUCUGGGCUUCGAGCUGGGCUACGCCAUGGCCAGCCCCAACGCCCUGGUCCUCUGGGAGGCGCAGUUUGGUGACUUCCACAACACGGCCCAGUGCAUCAUCGACCAGUUCAUCAGCACGGGCCAGGCCAAGUGGGUUCGGCACAAUGGCGUCGUGCUGCUGCUGCCCCACGGCAUGGAGGGCAUGGGCCCGGAGCACUCCUCAGCCAGGCCCGAGAGGUUCCUGCAAAUGAGCAAUGACGACUCGGACGCCUACCCGGCGUUCACCCAGGACUUCGAGGUGAGGCAGCUCUACGACUGCAACUGGAUAGUGGUCAACUGCUCCACGCCGGCCAGCUACUUCCACGUGCUGCGCCGCCAGAUCCUGCUGCCCUUCCGCAAGCCGCUGAUCAUCUUCACACCCAAAUCUCUGCUGAGGCACCCAGAGGCCAAGUCCAGCUUUGACCAAAUGGUAUCUGGGACCAGCUUCCAGAGGGUGAUUCCUGAGGACGGGGCUGCGGCGCAGGCCCCCGGGCAGGUGCGGCGGCUCAUCUUCUGCACGGGAAAGGUGUACUAUGACCUGGUGAAGGAGCGGAGCAGCCAGGGCCUGGACCAGCACGUGGCCAUCACACGCCUGGAGCAGAUCUCUCCAUUCCCCUUUGACCUGAUCAAGCGAGAGGCAGAGAAGUACCCAGGCGCAGAGCUGGUGUGGUGCCAGGAGGAGCACAAGAACAUGGGCUACUACGACUAUAUCAGCCCGCGCUUCAUGACCAUCCUGGGCCGAGCGCGGCCCAUAUGGUAUGUUGGCCGAGACCCAGCAGCUGCACCAGCCACAGGAAACAGGAACACUCACCUGGUGUCUCUGAAGAAGUUUCUGGAUACUGCCUUCAAUCUCCAGGCCUUUGAGGGCAAGACAUUUUAG